AUGCAUAGGCUCUUUGGUGUUCUGAGGCUGAGAUCUGGUGCUUGUGUUAGCACUAUUGGGUCUUUAGGCUCGUGGGUUUUGUUGGGUUGUUGCCGUAAAUGCUUGGUUUUUGAGAUUGAGCUAUCUAGGGAGUGUAAAGCUGUGACUAUGAAGCUUUGUGCUAGAGGUGUGAUGAAACCGGUUUCGGUUGAAGUUACAGAAGUGGGGUUUCCUGACAAAGUUGUGCAUGAAGUUUGUUUCUUUUGGGGGUUUGAAGGGAUUUUGGCUGGUGAAGAUAUGAUUUUAUGCAGUAAAAAGAAGGGAGCUGAAGAAAAGGACUGUCCAGCACUUUGGAUGAGGCUCUCAUCUGCUGGUUUUAGUCCUCAAUCCCAGGAAGGGGAGAAGAGAGUUUUGAAUUCUGAACUUUGGCAUGCUUGUGCGGGUCCUCUUGUUUCUUUACCGGCUGUUGGGAGCCGUGUAGUUUAUUUUCCUCAAGGUCACAGUGAACAGGUUGCUGCAUCAACCAACAAGGAAGUGGAUGCCCAUAUCCCCAACUACCCAAGCUUACCUCCACAACUUAUCUGUCAACUCCACAAUGUGACAAUGCAUGCCGAUGUUGAGACAGAUGAAGUAUAUGCACAGAUGACCUUGCAACCGCUAAGUCCACAAGAGCAAAAGGAUGGGUACCUCCCAGCGGGGUUGGGCAACCCAAACAAACAGCCAACAAAUUAUUUUUGUAAAACCUUGACAGCCAGUGACACAAGUACCCAUGGUGGUUUCUCUGUUCCUCGUCGGGCAGCUGAAAAAGUGUUUCCUCCAUUGGAUUUCUCCCAACAACCGCCAGCGCAAGAGUUAAUUGCGAGGGAUCUUCAUGAUAAUGAAUGGAAGUUUAGACACAUUUUUCGUGGCCAGCCCAAAAGGCACCUCCUUACUACAGGGUGGAGUGUCUUUGUGAGUGCUAAAAGACUUGUUGCUGGAGAUUCAGUUCUUUUCAUCUGGAAUGAAAAGAAUCAACUACUCCUUGGUAUCCGGAGAGCUAACCGACCACAAACUGUGAUGCCUUCAUCAGUUUUAUCAAGUGACAGCAUGCACUUGGGACUUCUUGCUGCCGCAGCUCACGCAGCUGCAACAAAUAGUCGUUUCACCAUAUUUUAUAAUCCAAGGGCUAGCCCAUCAGAGUUCGUUAUUCCCCUGACCAAGUACAUCAAAGCAGUCUAUCAUACUUGCAUUUCUGUUGGGAUGCGUUUUCGAAUGUUGUUCGAAACAGAAGAAUCAAGUGUCCGCCGCUACAUGGGAACAAUAACUGGCAUAAGUGACCUAGAUCCUCGGUGGCCUAAUUCACACUGGCGCUCAGUCAAGGUGGGUUGGGAUGAAUCCACGGCUGGGGAGAGGCAGCCAAGAGUUUCACUGUGGGAGAUUGAGCCAUUAACAACAUUCCCCAUGUAUCCAUCUCCGUUCCCACUUAGGCUUAAGCGACCGUGGCCACCUGGACUGCCCUCUUUCCAUGGUAUCAGGGAUGAUGAUCUUGGCAUGAAUUCUCAACUUAUGUGGCUUCGAGGAGAUAAUGGAGACCGCGGAAUCCAAUCUCUGAACUUUCCUGGCAUUGGGGACAUGUACCAAGCUAUGGCUGCUGCUGCACUACAAGAGAUGAGGGCAGUGGAUCCUUCCAGACCGAUUCCUACAUCCCUUCUGCAGUUCCAGCAACCCCAAAGCCUACCUAGCAGGUCUACUGCCUUGAUGCAUCCCCAUAUGGUGCAAGAAUCUCAAUCUCAACAAGCCUUUCUCCAAAGUGUUCAGGAAAACCAUCGUCAGUCACAGCCUCAGACUCAAACUCAGUCGCACCUUCUUCAGCAGCAACUGCAGCAUCAGAAUUCUUUCAGUAACCAACAGCAGCUAGUUGAUCAUCAGCAGAUUCCAAGUGCUGUCUCUGCCAUGACUCAGUUUUCUUCUGCCUCUCAAUCCCAGUCACCGUCUUUGCAAGUCGCCACCUCUCUAUGCCAGCAACAGAGUUUUUCUGAUUCUAAUGGGAACCCUGCAACCAGCACCAUUUUAUCUCCCUUGCACAGUCUCAUGGGUUCAUUUCCACAGGAUGAACCAUCCCACCUUCUCAACCUGCCUAGAACCAAUCAAUUAGUAUCAUCUGGUGCAUGGCCAUCAAAGCGGGCUGCAAUUGAACCUCUUCUUUCUUCUGGAGUUUCUCAAUGUGUUCUGCCGCAUGUGGAACAGUUGGGACCUCCCCAGACUACUAUAUCGCAGAAUUCUAUUUCGUUGCCACCGUUUCCUGGGAGAGAGUGCUCAAUAGACCAAGAAGGGAGCACUGAUCCACAAAGCCAUCUUUUAUUUGGUGUCAAUAUAGAGUCCUCAUCUCUUCUAAUGCAGAAUGGGAUGUCAAACCUUAGAGGAGUUGGCAGCGAUAGUGACUCUACAACCAUGCAUUUUCCUCCAAAUUACUUGAGUACUACAGGCACUGAUUUUUCACUUAAUCCAGCAGUUACACCUUCCAGUUGCAUUGAUGAAUCAGGUUUCCUGCAGUCUCCAGAAAAUGUGGGCCAUGGAAACACACUAAACAAUAAUUUUGUUAAGGUUUACAAGUCAGGGUCCUUCGGGAGGUCACUGGAUAUUACCAAGUUCAGCAGCUACCAUGAGCUGCGCGGUGAGCUUGCUCGUAUGUUUGGCCUUGAAGGCGAGUUGGAGGACCCUGUGAGAUCAGGCUGGCAGCUUGUAUUUGUUGACCGGGAGAAUGAUGUUCUUCUCCUCGGGGAUGACCCCUGGCCGGAGUUUGUAAAUAGUGUGUGGUGUAUCAAAAUACUCUCACCACAUGAAGUGCAGCAAAUGGGAAAACGAGGCCUAGACCUUCUAAAGUCAGUCCCAACUCAGAGGCUCUCAAACAAUAGUUGCGACGACUAUGGAAGCCGGCAGGACUCAAGAAAUUUGAGCGGGAUAACAUCCGUGGGGUCACUCGAGUAUUGA